GGGAAGUGAUGCACUCGCCCAGCUUCCGCCGGCGGUACUAGCCGCUGUUAUGGCGGUUUAUUUGACUCCGCGGUUCAGGAGGCUCCGCAGUCAGAGCGAGUUGGAGCCGCGGCGGGGGAGCGGCCGGCGGCGAGAUUGUGAUGGUCCUUUUCAAGCAACUCAGCUGUGGAAUAGUAUUAUUCAUGCUCUUCAUAGUCAAGUGGAAAUCAAAAGACGUAGGCAACAUCUGAGAACAUACAAAAACUGUUUCACCGGCUCCAAUGCCGUUGAUGUGGUACUGAGCCAUCUCAUGCAAAGCAUGUACCUAAGCUGCAAUGAUAUUUCUCGGUUGAAGGGAGUCCGUGUAUGCCAAGCACUGAUGGAUCACAAGGUGUUUGAGCCAGUUGGAGCAAAGCUUUACUUAUUCAAGAAUGAGAAAGAAACGCAGUUUGAAGACACAAACACUAGUCUCUAUAAAUUUGUAAAUAGUAGUCUUACUCCUCUCCUUCCAAGAAAGAAUAGAGACAAUGAGAGCUUGUCUCCUGCGCAAAUCUGUAAACAGAAGACAAAAAGAAGUUCCAACAGAACGAAGAGUGAAACAGUUUCAAGCCCCUUAGCAUUGGAAGUGGCUGAUAAAAAGAGGGUAGAGGAGCUUCUUAAAUCAAUAAAUGUUCAUGCAUCUUUACCUCCAAAGAUCAUGGUUAGUGAAGCAACUCAUCGGCUUUCAAAAAGAGUAAUAGAAGAUGUCUGGAAACAGCAAACCCUGCUACGACUGCUGCAGUUAAUUGACAUUCCAUUCCUAGAAGAUAUCUUGGUGUCUUCAGUGAAGACAAAACCAGACUGUUUUGGCAAAGAAGAAGAUCUGAUUAUCUCAAAUACUUUCCUAGACAGAGAGAUUGCAAGUAGCUUAAAGUUGCCUGAGCUUGACAAAUGGCUCUAUGCUGCAAUUGAAUGCUUGGAAUAUUUCCCAGACCAAUUUAUAGUGAUGGUUAGUCAGCAGUUACCUCAAAGCACUAACAAACCCUGCAGUCUGAAUACGUACAAGAAGAUUCUUUUUGACACUAUAAUAAAGUACUAUAGUCAAAAGAAAGACUCCCUUCUUGACACUCAGGAUCUCAAUAUUCAUUCAGGAAUUAUAGAACUUAUAGAAAAAGGAAAAACAGAUCAAGCUCUAGAGGCGUUACAACUUUAUUUAAAAUUAUUAGCACCAAAUAUCCGAGAAGAGCUACAUAGACUCCUGACAUUCAUAGCCAUUGCAUCAGAAUCUGAUGGCUACAAAUUACAGAAACAAUUUGAGAACAGAUUGGUUAUCAUCAAGACUUUCACAAAGUUCAUCUUACGAAGUAAGACAUUGUCAAAACCACAGGCAGAACUCCUGACUCAGUUUCUGAUGGACAGCCACUCCGACCUCUUGAAGACUCCUUUAACUCUUCUGGAGCUAACCAGUAGGAGACUUGAGAGUUUGCUAGAAGGACAAGAUCCAGAUACCAAUUCAGGCUUCACCUUCUGUCAGCGUGUGACAACUAAAGAAUAUGAAGAUCAAACCCAACAAACAAAUCAGUAUCUUCUCGCAUUGGUUCAAGAGAUGGACGGUGACCCUACUAUUCCUUUGAAGCAGAAGAAGAAAUUAGUUAAAGAAUUCAAGAAAUACCAUUCUCUUGCCUGUUGUGGUUGUAAAACUAAAUGUGAAUUUUGUGCUCCAAAUGGCUAGAUAUCAACACAGCCUUUUUGUUUUUUUUUUUUUGUUUGUUUGUUUGCUUUCAUUUUAAAGGGGAGGAUGCAUAUGAAAACGGUACAAAUUGUUGUCUUAUGUCAUUGUGUCUUAAGUUACAGAAAACUGCAACUAUUGAAAUCACUGUGCUGCUAAAAAGCAUUAAUUCUAAUGAUUCUUAUUAAGCAAAAUGUUCUUAAUUAUUUUAAAGUAUGUAAUAAUGGCACACUGCUUGUGCUGCUAUGAGUUCAGACUUUGGUGCUUUUUUCCAUGUGUCCUUAAGCCUAUAGCUUUCUAGCUGAGCCAAGUCUGCAUUCUGAGUCAUGCUUGGGUUGAUAAUCAAACUUUUUAUUCUUUUCAAUCUGCAGCUCAUAAUCUAUCUUAAUCUAAUAAUAAACUGUAGAUUAUGACUCCUAUGAGUGUUGUAAAAGCGUACAAAGUGCGCCAAAAAUGUUAGGAGCUUGUGGCAGUCAAGAUUCAUUAGGGAGGGGAGCUGUGUGUGUUGCAGUCAGUAAUUACAGCCUGUUGCUCUUUCCUCACUUUGGCAGACUGAGCUGCUGCUUAUUUGGCAGUUACACAAAAGCAAAUGUAAAAUUACAUUUUUUAAAAAACUGAGAAAUAAUCUUGGUUUAGAUCACUUGGUGUACUUAAGCAGCUUAUUUUAGUAUCAGGAUACUUUGAUCGUGUCCAGUUAUUUGUCAUAAAUACUUUUGAUAACAUUAAUGGUUCAUAGGGCAAAGCUAGAAAGCAUGUUGGGCUGUUUACACAUUGAUGGUUAACUGUACAUUGAAAAGGAAAUGUUGAUUAAAAUCAUUAACUAUGCAAUAUGAUGUUAUGGGGUUAAAUUACUUUUUCCAUCCUCGUGACAGACAUUUGAUCACAUAUUGGACAUAGAAACUUAGAAUUGAGAUUGGAAGGCACCUCUGGUCUAGUCCCACUGCCCAGCUCAAAGUGGUCAAUUAGUGCAGGUUGCUCAGGG